AAAUUUUUAUCGUACUCUUUCAAUAACUUCAAAAUUUUUGUAUUGAAACUUAUUGCCUCUUAAUAUGGCUAACCAACCUGGGGAUUCAAACAAGGGAAUUCCUCAUUUGAUGAUUCCAAGUCCUUUAAUAACUAAAAGGAACAGAACACCGUCAACGUGCGAAAGGAUUGGAUCGAAAAAUUUUUAUGGCACUAUAAAAGUAUUCUGCAGGGAAAAAGGUCAUGGCUUCAUCACUCCAGAAGAUGGAACAGAAGAUAUUUUUGUUCAUAUUUCAGAUAUAGAAGAUGAGUAUGUUCCUUUACCUGGCGAUAGAGUAAAAUAUCAGAUGUGUCCAUUACCACCAAGAUUCGAAAAAUAUCAAGCUGUUCAUGUGAAAAUUGUUGUCUUGAAUAAAGAAGUUCAUAGAAGGUGGAACAGUUGAAUACAAUAUUUUAUCAGCACAUGGUUUCUUACAGGGAUGAUAAUAUGCUUUGGGAUAAUGAAUUGUUUAAGUUUAUUAUACAUUGAUUAAAUAUACAAUAUGCUUGAA